GAGUAACACUCUCUCCAAAUUUUAUGUGCUCGGAAAACUUGAGUUUCAUUGAAACUGACAUUUUCUAUGCAACAACUCUUCAUAUUUUCACAGGAAUUGGAGUUCCUGUGCACUUAUUCGGUGUUUAUAUUAUUGUUGCUCGGACUCCGAGCAAGAUGAGCUCUGUCAAACUUAGCAUGUUCCUCCUCCUUUUUGCUGGAGCAUUUAUGGAGUUGUUUUUAAGUUUCUUUGCUAUUCCAGUAUUAACUCUUCCCUCUUGUGCAAUAUAUACACUUGGAUUUGGUCAAGUCAUAGGGGUGCCUACAGAAGUUCAGGCUUAUAUUGGGUACAGUGUAGUUGGAGUAACGGGUAUAACCAUUCUCGUGUUUUUUGAAGAACGAUAUCAUCAAUUAGUCAAUGGGCAUAGAUCGAAUGGAAUCAGAAGCUGCUCAAGAGUUAUCUAUAUUGUUAUUCACUAUAUGUAUUCUGCUGCAUAUAUAAUUCCAGUUUUUCUGAAUAUUCUUAAUCAAACAAUGGCAAAAUUGGCCAUAAAAAAGGCAAUUCCUUGUAUCCCGCUGAAAAUCCUUAGCCGACCUGAUUUUUCUGUCAUUUCAAUUAACAAUUUUACUUUGUGUUUUUGCAUUGUUACUUUCUUUUCAAUUGUUGGAUUUCAAGUUUUCCUCCUGGUCAGUGCAAUUUGUUGGAAAUUAUUUCAUAUGGUAUCCCAGUCAGAAGCUACAAACCGUCUUCAAAAGCAAUUCUUCUACGCUUUAUGUCUACAGGUUUUUAUUCCGGUUUUUGUGCUAACUUUUCCAAUGAUUUAUGUUGUUCUGACAAGUUGGUUUGAGUAUUAUAAUCAAGCUGCAACCAACACUGCUCUAACUAUAAUUUCUACUCACGGAAUUCUCUCGACUUUGACUAUGCUCAUUGUGCACACGCCUUAUCGUAAAGCCGCUACGGAAAUACUCUGUUUUAAUUGUAAAAAAGCUGAAAAAAACGCAAAUAAUUCUCAGCAAAUUUGGAGAACUGUUAACAAAUAAAAAUUGUUUUG